AUGGAGGUGAGCACUGUGUCCCCAUCUCCUGCCUCACCCACUGAAGGAGAUGAUCUGUGUGAGACAGAUGUCACCACUGUGGCCAUACACAGUGUGACACUGCUUAUCUGCCUCUGUGGGCUGGCUGGGAAUGGGGCUGUCAUCGGCCUCCUGAGCCUGAAAAGCAGGAACACAGGCAUCUUUCACCUAGCUGUCAUGGACUUCUUCUACCUCCUAUUUGUGCUCCCCUCUGCCCUCCUCUUCCUGGUGGAGGACGUGUCCUGCUCUCCUAUCCUGCCCUUUAUGUACCUGAAUUUCCUUCUCCAGCUGUCAAUGGUCUCCUUCUACUGGGGGCUGUUCUGCCUGACGCCUCUCAGCGCUGUGCUGUUAAGGUGCAAGCUCUGCAAGCUCCGCUGCCUCUGGGAGCUUCCAGAGCGCCUGAGGUGGGUGCUGGAAAGUUUCCAAUACUGCUCCUUCUUUCCUUUCUUAGCUGUCAUUUCUACAGUGACAUUGCUGUGCCCAUCACAUAUGGAGAUGUACUGCAACUUAGUGGUCCUUAUCAUGUACGUGAUCCCAUACACCUGCAUUGCAGUCAUGGUCAUCUUCAGCUCAAUCAUUUUCACUAUCACCAUGCUGGACUCCUGUUGCAAGCAAUGCAAGAGGCACAACAUCGUUAUUGUCAGCAUUGUGCCCUUCACUCUCAUAAUCAGCCUCUGCAAUUUCCUGCAGCAGAUCGGUUACACCGUUCUGCCCUCUCAGGUUGUUUUCCUGCUUGCCUGCAUCCACAGCACCAUCAAACCCUUCAUCUACUUCUUGUUGGGGAGGUGCUGGAGGCCCUGCUCCGUGCAGUCCCUCCAGCUCUCCCUCCAGAGGGUCUUUGAGGAGCCAGAAGAAAACACUGCCCACAGAAAUGAUCCUGCCAUGGACACGGGGGUCUGA